AUGAUAACAGUUAUGGAUGAUUUGGAUAUGCAUGACAUCGAAAACAAUCAUCUUGAUGAAGAAAAUCAACAGUUCGGUUAUACUGAUUCAGAGUUUCUUCAUAACGAGGAAAAUCAAUCGGAAACCCAAGAUAUGAAUGACAUCGGAAAUGAUCAUUACGAUGAAGAAAAUCAUCAAUUCAGAUCUGGUGAUUCAGAGAUUCUGGAUAAUGAUGGAAAUCAAUUGGAAAUCCAAGUUCAAAGUGACAAUGUUGCAGCACAAUAUGGCUCUUGCAAACAAUUCAUUGGAGCUGAUGGUUCUUUAUUUUGGAUUCCAGAGGUUGAACCUGGUUGGAUACCUACUUUGGGUUCAAUUUUUAAAGAUAUCAAAGAUGCUAUUAAGUGGUAUAAAGGAUAUGCAUUAAGAUCUGGUUUUGAUAUUAGAAAAUCAACAGAGAGGAAAAAGAGUGGAAUCACAACUUCGAAAUAUUUUAUAUGCAAUAGAGGGGGAUUGCCAAACACUUCUACCUUAGACACAAUUAGUGAUGAUCAUAAUAAGCAAUUGAGAAAUAGUAAUUGUAAACGCACAAAUUGCAAAGCUUUUGUUGCAUUCAAAGCUAUACCACAUUCUUCAGAAGUUUACCUGUGGCGCUUUGAACAACAACACAACCACAAAUUGAUCAAUCAAGAUUGUAUGCAUCUUUCAAGAGCUAAACGUCAGUUGAAUGUUGUUGAUCAAGCUUUUAUACAUAAGCUUUCGAGUGCAAAGGUGGGGGCAACUACAGCAUAUAGACUAAUGUGCGUUAUAAAAGGAGGAUGUGAAUUUGUUGAUGGAAUAGAGAUAGAUUGGAAAAAUUUUAAAAGGGAUAUAAAUUGUCACAUUGGGGGCACUGAUGCAAAUUUGUUGAUUACAAAGCUUCAGAAUUGUAAAGAGAAUGUUACAAAUUUUACAUACGAAUACAGAUGUGACAAGAAGCAGUUAAAUGCUCUCUUUUGGGCUGAUGACACUUCAAAACAAAACUUUGAGUUAUUUGGGGACGUUGUUUCGUUUGACGCAACAUAUCGUACAAACAGGUAUUGUAUGGUAUUUGUACCUUUUACUGGCAUUGAUAAUCACAAAAGGUGCGUCACUUUUGGAGCUGGUUUGUUGUGUAGAGAAGAUACAAAUUCCUAUAUUUGGUUACUUCGGUCAUUCUUGAAGUGUUUUGGAAAAGCACCAAUCAUGGUCGUGACCGAUCAAGAUCCAGCAAUGAAAAAAGCUAUUGAGAUAGUAUUUCCAUACACAAAACAUAGAUUUUGUAUGUGGCAUAUCACAAGUAAACUUCCAUUGAAGGUAAGCUGGGAAACAAUGAAUGAAUCAGAUUUUAAGGCGGACUUCAAUAGUAUAGUAUGGGACUCCAAAAUUGAUGUCAAUGAUUUUGAAAUGAGAUGGGAUGCAUUAAUGGUAAAAUAUAAGUUGCAAGACAAUAAAUGGAUGAAAGAUAUGUUUGAUUUGAGAAGCAGUUGGAUUCCAGCCUAUUUUAAAGAUGUACCGAUGUCAGGUCUAAUGAGAACAACUUCUCGGUCAGAAAGUGAGAAUUCAGCAUUCAAUAGGGUAUCGCAUCAUGGUUAUACGUUAAACAAUUUUAUGAAUGCUUUUGAGUCUGUUAUGGAAAGGCAAAGGAAUAAUCAGAUCAAAUUUGAUUUUGAUACAUCUACUAUAAUUCCAAUCAUCAAAACACCUCUUGAAGAUAUGGAGAAACAUGCAUCUAUGGUAUACACCAGGACUAUUUUUCUCAUGGUGCAGAGGGAGAUUCUUCAUUCACUUGUUUCUUGUUCACAGAAGAGUGUUACAUCAGGCGUUGUUUCUGACAUAUGCAUUGUCAAACAUAAAAGGACAAAUAUAUCAAAGAAGAAGGUAGUAGUUGAGAAAAAAGAAAAAGUUGACAUCGAUUCUGAAUGGAAUUUUAACACAAGUGAAGGUGAUUUUGAGGUUGAAUUCAACAGAGAAGAUCUAACGGUGAAAUGUUCAUGCAUGCUUUUUGAGCGGUUUGGAAUUUUUUGUAGACACAUCUUCUGUAUUCUAAAGAUUUAUGACAUACAAGAGAUUCCGUCAAGAUACAUUCUUAAGAGAUGGAGAAGAGAUAUUAUCCCCACCACAGUUUUGAAAAGGACGUUUAGAUAUAGUGAUUCGUCUGGAAAUGUUGAGAAGGUUGCAUACAAAGCUUUUUCCAUGCUUGAUCAAUGCCUGUCUUCAUUAAGUAAUGAUGACAAGAAGUUAGAAGAGUUCAUGCAGAAGCUUGAAGUUUUUAUGACUGAUAUUGGUGAACAAGGUUCAGACAAAUUACCGGUUACAAAAGAAGCUCAUAUUGAUAAACUUUACGGAGCUACUACGAAUCCUGAAGUUGUUGAUGUUGAAAAUCCACCUAUGGUGAAGAAUAAAGGUUCUGGUACAGGAAAACGUUUAAAAAGUGCUUUGGAGAAGGCUACUAUUCAAGGUAACAAGCAAUCAAGAUCAUGCAAAACAUGUGGGGUUAAAGGGCAUAAUUCAAGGAAAUGUUUGACAUUGUUGAAUAACUCCAAGGUACAAAGUGCAUAGUUGUGUCUAGAAAUAUAUUUCGAUUUUUUUUGUAUUUCAAUAAAGUUCAAUAAUAC